CCAGAUGACUAGCGUACAAGAUGGCAGCCCCGAUGGACGAUGAAUUUGAAGAUGCGCCUGAUGUUGAGCCACUGGAACCUACUUUAAAGAACAUUAUAGAGCAGAAAUCACUCAAAUGGAUUUUUGUUGGUGGGAAAGGCGGCGUGGGCAAAACGACCUGCAGCUGUAGCUUGGCGGUUCAGUUGGCGGCGGUAAGGGAGAGCGUGCUCAUCAUCUCAACGGAUCCUGCCCACAACAUAUCCGAUGCCUUUGACCAGAAGUUCUCCAAGGUGCCCACCAAGGUCAAAGGUUAUGAUAACCUGUUCGCUAUGGAGAUCGACCCGAGCCUGGGCGUGGCGGAGCUGCCUGACGAGUUCUUUGAGGAGGAGAACAUGCUCAGCAUGGGCAAGAAGAUGAUGCAGGAGGCCAUGAGCGCCUUCCCCGGCAUCGACGAGGCCAUGAGCUACGCCGAGGUCAUGAGGCUGGUGAAGGGGAUGAACUUCUCGGUGGUGGUGUUCGACACGGCCCCCACGGGCCACACGCUGCGGCUGCUGAACUUCCCCACCAUCGUGGAGAGGGGCCUGGGACGCCUCAUGCAGAUCAAGAACCAGAUCAGCCCUUUCAUCUCCCAGAUGUGUAAUAUGCUGGGCUUGGGUGAUAUGAAUGCAGACCAGCUGGCCUCUAAGCUGGAGGAGACACUUCCUGUUAUUCGCUCUGUCAGUGAGCAGUUCAAAGACCCGGAGCAGACGACGUUCAUCUGCGUGUGCAUCGCGGAGUUCCUGUCCCUGUACGAGACGGAGCGCCUGAUCCAGGAGCUGGCCAAGUGCCGCAUCGACACGCACAACAUCAUCGUCAACCAGCUGGUCUUCCCCGACGGGGAGCGGCCCUGCAAGAUGUGCGAGGCGCGACACAAGAUCCAGUCCAAGUACCUGGACCAGAUGGAGGACCUGUAUGAGGAUUUCCACAUAGUCAAACUGCCUCUUUUACCCCACGAAGUGCGUGGGGCAGACAAAGUCAACACCUUCUCCAAGCAACUCUUGGAUCCCUUCAACCCUCCUAAAAAGUGACCCCUCCCUCCCACCAACCGCCACGCCCCCCUGCACCCCCCUGACCUUCAGUGACCUCUGACCCUUGACCCCGCAGCCCCUCUGCUCUCUCGGUCCAAUAGGAAGCAAGCCCAGCCCGGCUCAGCCAAUCCCAGCUCAGCGCGCAGUCCAGCUCAACCAAUCGAAGCGCAGCAGCAGCAGCACUAGCCCUGAGGCCUGCUUUGAUCCACUCCACACGACCACAACACAACCAGGACUCGACUCGAAUUGAAUCGAUUUGAUUCGAUUUGUUCUCAGAUCUCCUCUCACCACACAAUUACGCACCAGAGAUGUCCUACUGCUACAAUCACCACAGGACUUCUCUCUCUCUCUCUCUCUCUCUCUCUCUCUCUCUCUCUCUCUCUCUCUCUCUCUCUCUCUCUCUCUCUCUCUCUCUCUCUCUCUCUCUCUCUCGUGUGUGUGUGUUUUUGUCCAUGGGAAGACUUGAGGAGUUUGUCAUGUGAAUAUAUCUUAUUGUCAAGGAAGGAAAACAACAAAAAAAAAGAACCAAUAGACUCAUUUUGUGUAAAAGGCUUGCUUUUGAUUUAUUAAUUAUUGAUUGUUUAUUUGUUUGGGGUUUUUGGCUCUUGUCUUAGCCUACUGGUUGUGCCUGUUUAGGUGAAGUCAGGGAGAAUGUAUCUCAAACACAGUUACAUACUCAUGCUCAACCCUGCGAUGGAGUCUUGUUUUUUUUUUUUUUUUUAGGGGGGCGGGGUGGAAGGCCUGGGGACCAUUUGGGUUACAGCGAUACAAAGUCGUAGAGGUCAUUAGUACUCACACACAAACGAAGACGAGCGAACGCACGCUUAUACACACACACACACACACACACACGAACGAAUGAACGCACAUGAACGAACGCACGCUCACACACACACACACACACACACAGACCUGAUCGCAACGGUUGCUAAUGGUCUCUCUUCCCUGCUUUGUGGCCAUGACGACGACCAUGAUCAUCAUCACCACCAUCAUCAUCACCUCCCAUUAACCGUUCCUGUGACGCCCCCAGAACCGCGGCGCUUCCCCGGCAUUUGGGCCCUACAUGGACUUUGGCCCUGGCCUUUUAGCAUGCACCCUUAAAAGCUUGAAGACAAGUGCCCCUUAAUGCUGUUUGGAGUUUUACUUUGUGAUUUAUAUUAUAUUGUGUAAUCAUAUUUAAUAAUAACAAUAGCAAAAUAAUCAUCAUCAUAAUAAAAUAGGUAAUUAGGUGAAAAAUGGCUGGCAAAAUCUGACUAACUUGAAGAGUCCGUCUGUCUUUCUCACCUGCUGUGGUUGGCCGCUAGUCUCAUUCAGAUCCAUGUGUUGAUUUCAGAAUGUGAAUGUCGUUGGUCUUUCAUGAGGUUAGCGUGAGUGAGCGAAUGAGUCUUUGUCUGUCCUGAUAUGAUGAACAGUGUAGAGUGCAUAAGAAGACCAAAAUCAAUAAAUCUAAUCUGAUAAUCCGCUGACGUUUGGCUGCAUCUUUAGCCCAUCUAUAAUAAUAAUAAUAAUAAUAAUAUUUGACUUAUAUUUAGUUUUGUUUAGCACAUUUCUCAAACUCAAGGUCGCUUUGUUUGCAAAGUCAACACACACAACCCAUGUGUGGCGAGUGUUGUAGCCUCGAUCAGCGCUAAAACAGAUACCAGCAGCACCCAGCGGUUGGGUGCGCAUCCGCGGGAGUCCGACUGAGCUCUUGCCUGAUCCACGCUCGGUUUGUGGCCCCAGGUUUGGGGGAAGCCGCGCUGAAGCCCUACCUACUACACCUGUGGGACGCUAUGCCCACCUGGACUCCCCUUCCUUGUCAUCCUCAUACCCUUCUUCAUCAUCAUCAUCAUCAUUAUCAUCAGUUAGACAGUGUGGGGUAAUUGCUCUGUCUUUAGUUUGGAGUUUAACACGGUUUUAAACUCCAACUCCCAACUCCACCGUGUUAAACUCCAAACUAGCGACAGAGCAAUUGCCCCAAUAUUUUUGCAAGUUUGUUUACUUUUUCCCCUUUUUUUCUUUUGUCUGUCUCUUUCCAACUUGUCCAUGGAGGGUGUAGGCUACUUUGGAGCAGAGUGAACCCACACCGGCCAUAGUCUCUAUUUAAAACACACAUCUAGAAGAUUCUGUGCUUACUUUUCUGACUGAGGUUGUUAUAGACCUGCGUGUUUGGUGAACUGGUGUCGAUACAUGACAACACAACCUGUAGAAGCCAUCUCUCUCUCUCUCUCUCUCUCUCUCUCUCUCUUCAAAACUGUUUAGUUUUUUUUCUCUCUUCGAAGUGAUAAUGUUAUGGGGAAUCAGACCAUAUGUAUACAAAAAUAAAAAUAAAACACUAUUGCAUCGA